ACCAUGCGAUGCUUUUUACCAUGCAGUACUGUGUGUAACUGAGAACCGAAAUAUAUUUAGUUAUUUUCGUAUUCCUUGAUUGUUAUUGUGUUCUCAUCGCAAGCAAUUUUGUCGGUUGCAUGAGGUAGAUUAUGCUGUUUUUCCCUAGCCUGCACACAGUUUCAAGUCUUGGCGUUUUAUGAAUGGACAACUGGGUCUGAUUGUCUCGAAAUGAAUAGAUUCUGAACAAUGGGUCAUCUAGACGGGACAGCAGUCUCUGUCGACAGCCCACGAAAUGAUGUCCAGCAUCUUUUGCACACCAUAUGAUGCCAUUGGUAGCCUACAGUGAAACAUGCUUUGUUACAGUGUAAUUGUGUGCUUCUGCCAUUUUCUUAUGACGUUGUACCAUUCAGAUGCUCUGCAUUUGAGUGAAGAUUAGAGGGCGACUAUUUAUCAACACGUCUGUGGGUACUUAGUGGCUGUUGGCGGUGUCCAGUAGCCUACCAUAGUGAUGUUUACAAUGUUUACAGCUUUCAAAACCGAUCAUGUAGAAGUGCAAUAGGUUAAUAUAAGUCUAACUCUAAAGGCUUGGCUGCGGAUGGCUAGGCUAUACGGCGUCAUUGACUUACUGAGAAACCAUCAGGUUUGACCAGAGCUUCAGUGCUGUCACUGUGACCACAUAGACUUGACACCAUGGGGAAGCAGAACAGCAAGCUCCGCCCGGAGAUACUGACGGACCUGCGGGAGAACACGGAGUUCUCUGACCACGAGUUGCAGGAGUGGUAUAAGGGAUUCUUGAAGGAUUGCCCCAGUGGUACACUUAAUGUUGAAGAGUUCAAGAAGAUAUAUGCCAAUUUCUUCCCAUACGGAGAUGCCUCCAAGUUUGCGGAGCAUGUCUUCCGCACCUUCGACAGCAAUGCUGAUGGAACGAUAGAUUUCCGGGAGUUCAUCAUUGCACUCAGUGUUACAUCACGUGGGAAACUAGACCAGAAGCUGAAGUGGGCCUUUAGCAUGUACGACCUGGAUGGCAACGGCUACAUCAGCCGCGAUGAGAUGCUGGAGAUUGUACAGGCCAUCUAUAAGAUGGUGUCCUCUGUGAUGAAGAUGCCCGAGGAUGAGUCCACACCAGAGAAGAGAACUGACAAGAUCUUCAGACAGAUGGACCUCAACAAUGAUGGUAAGCUCUCUCUGGAGGAGUUCAUCAAGGGUGCCAAGAGUGACCCCUCCAUCGUGAGGCUACUGCAGUGUGACCCGAGCAGCGCCUCGCAGUUCUGAGCCACAGCAAACAAACACAACAUGCAUGAAGGUUUUCAUCUCAUCGUUCUCUUUUGUGUUCCUGUUGAGUUUGAAGACGACAGCAUCAGCGGAAGCGCAGUGAUUUUUAAGAAAGGACAUGCAUA